AUGUUCAAAAGCCAGCCCUCCAACUCAACAACGUUUACAGCUGAUGAGGAUAUCAAGCGGAUCGAGCUUGCAUCAUUAUGUGGAGGAGUAUUGGACCAUGAAUUUCUUACUGCGCCACCCAGAGAGGAACUAUACCCAUUUGAAAAGUUUUAUUUAUCAGACCCACCAUUGUGGGAUGAGAGUACAGUUGCUUGCCACAAACAUUCUACUAUAACUCCUUUCGGAAAUAAUAAUACAUUCGUUGUCGGUGACCUGAUGACUGUAGUCAUCAAAAUGUUUGAUACCAAGGGCCGACCAAGACUGAAAGGAGGAGAUAGGCUCAAAGUUUGGCUGAAAGACGUGAAGUUUAAGCACAGUAUAAGUGCCAACAUUACCGAUUUCAACAAUGGGACCUACCUGGCAACAACUGUACUCCCAUGGGCGGGGUCUGUAAGUGUUAAGGUCACGUUAAGACAGCCCAGGGAAUUUUUUAGAGCACUGGCUUACGUACACAGAACUUUGAAGAGCACAAUGCCGUUCUCCGGAGCGUACACAAAUUCCAAG